AAACAAAUAUUAAAAAAAAAAAAAGAAAAAAAAAUGCUAAACGCUCAACAUAAACAAACCCAUUAAAGAAUUUUUAAGAAUUCAUAAAGAAAUUCUAAAAUUAUACAACGAAUUAAAAAAAUUGAAAUUAGAAAAAAUUUAUUAAAGUUGCAAAGCGUGUUGGGACAAGCAUAGCGAGCAAAACGUCAAAUCUCAGAGAAUAAAAAAGAAAUUAUGAAAAAACUAAAAAAAAGUUGCUCUGCUGGCCAAAAAUAAUAAGGAAUUGUGCGAAAUUUUUUAUGUUGUGUUCGUUUAAUUGCAAUUAAGGGCAUAGUAAAAGCAAAAGAAUUUUUUUAUGUAAAUUUUUUUUUUCGUUUCACACCACAAGACCUCCCCCGGUGUUGAAAGCCGAACACUUAACGUAACACCGGGAAUAGUUAUGGCGUUGUUUUAGACACACGAGAUUCUAUAUGAUUUGUGCGAAAUUUGGAAUUUUUAAAUUUCUGCUCAUUGUUCAAAAAGGACAUGGAAAGCAUUUGUAGAUUGUGUUUCCAACCAGCAGCGUUGUUUCAAGUCCCUGGUUAUAAUAUACCCACCUGUGUUAAGUGCUCCGAACAUUUGACCAGCACCGGUAACGGCUUUUAUCCAACUGUUACCGGAACGACGGCCACACAAGCGGCAGCAGCCGUAGCUAGUGUAGGUGCAGUGGCCACAGCUGUAGCGGCGGCAGCAGCAGUUAAUGCUGCUACUACUAACGGCACAACCACGGCCAGUUUAAAUCAACAGCAACAACAGCAAUUACAACAAUUGCAAAACGCUGUUAACGAAAAUUUACAAAAUACCGAAGAAAGCGAAGAGCCGCAGCGUCAAACGCGCCGUCCUCGCCAGAACGGUAUUAAAAACAAAUUACAACAAAUCACCAUGUCCUCCUUCGAAUUGGAGAAGACCAUACAACAAUUAGAUGUGGAUUUAAUAUUUAAUGAAGAGGGCUCUUGCCCUCUGUGCAAUAAAACAUUUUCUCGUAAAUCUUCCCUUUCAACGCACAUACGGAAUCAUGCCAUCGAAAGAAAAUUUGUGUGCACUUAUUGUCAUAAAGGAUUUACUCAAGCGGCCAAUUUAAGAAACCAUGAACGCAUACACACCAACGAUCGUCCCUACGUAUGUGGUGAUUGUGGUAAAACGUUUACCCAAAUCACAAAUUUAAAUAAUCAUCGUCGUUUGCAUACGGGUGAACGACCUUUUGUAUGCAUCGAACCGGAAUGCGGUCGUUCGUUUGCUCAGGUUACAAAUCUCAAUAAUCAUAUGAAGACCCACCAUAAAGUUCAACAAUACUGUUGCAAUCAGUGCCCGAAGAAAUUUACGCAAGUCACGUCGCUCAAUCAACAUUUGCAGGCACACGCCGGCAUAACCGGGUACUAUUGUCCGCGCUGUCCGGAAAAAACCUUUAAACAACAAUCGCAACUGCACACUCACAUGAAAUCGCAUGGUCUGGCCUUUCCCUUUGAAUGCUCGAAAUGUGAUGAGAAAUUCUUGCAGCAAGCCCAUCUGGACCAGCAUUUAAAAAUGCAUGAUGAGUUUAAAUUCAAAUGCAAUAUAUGUCCUAGUUCUUUUAAUCAGGAAUCGUUGCUGAAAAAACAUGAGCAACGUCAUUUAGAGGGCAGAUACAUCGCUUGUCCUGUGCCCAAUUGUAAUGAGUCGUUUGCUGUUCGCCAACAUCUCUCCAAACAUUUGUUAAAUAGUCACUCGCACACAGAGCUGCCGCCGCCAAAACGUUCGAAAAAACCAAUAACUCUGCAACCUCCACAACCUCAGCCCGUCACCAUGAUCGGUCAGCCAUUGUCGCUGCAACAUGCGCCACAACGUGGUCGUCCUCCUAAAAAUAAAAAUAAGAAUGCUGUUAACAACGUUAGCGGUUUAUCUAUACCCCAGCAAUUAAAUCAGCAUCUGCAACAACAGCAACAACAGCAGCAACAACAACAGCAACAAUUGUUACAGCAACAACAGCAGCAACAUCAGCAACACUUGGCGUUAGUUAAUCAAACGAAAAAUUUCCUUGAACCAUUUUUUAAGUUGUGCUAACGAUCGGAUUACAAACCCUAGAAAUAAACACAUAUGAAGAAAUAAAAUGAAAUAUAUUAACUUAAAUUUCUUUAAAACAUAUCCUACACAGCCACGAAAUAUUUAUAGAACAACAACAACAACAACAACAGAAAGAAAAAAAAAAACAAGAAAAAUAUUCA